GAUGGAUAUAGACAUUGACACAGUGGAUAAAAUCUUGCCACUCCCUUCCCUGAGUCCUGGUCUCUGUUCUUUCAAUUUUUGUUGCUGUCUGUAUUAUGGCUAAUUGGCUUACCCUCUGCAACAACUGAAACGGGGGAAGGGGAGAGGGAUAUUUCAUUCAAGGCACGAUACCCAAGAUUUCUUCAUCCAUUUUUACAAUUUAUUUGUACCCAUUGGCUAACUAAUUACUCCAACAAAAAAUCAAAUUUUACAUUGGACUUCAAGCAAGAGUUACGGCCAUGUGAGUACAUGUUAAUUUUUUACUCUUCAAUUUUACUAAGGUUGCGUUCUAUUCUACCUGAUUUUCACUUAUUUUUCUUGAACUUAUUUUAUCCGUACUUAUAUGAACUUAUCUAAACUUAUUAAAACUUAUCAAAACUUAUAAAUUAUAAUUGGCCAACCCGUAUUUUCCUGAACUUAUCUUAUUUGAACGUAUUUGAAUUUAACUGAACUUAUAUGAACUUGUGGAAAUAAGGUGAACAAAGCAGGCCGUAAAUUAUAUUCUUUCAUGGUUUAAAAUGAUUUUUGCCAAUUACCAAGGAUUUCGUUUAGGUAAUAUGUACGGAAUGUUACUUACUUUUGAUCAAUUUUACUCCAGUGUUCAACCAAUAAAAGUAAACAAGGUUUUGUUACAGUUCUACAUACACUUGUGUUUUAUGUGUCUUUGCCAAGUUUUUUUGGUUCUACUACGAGGAGCUUCCACCGCCUUCGGCGAGUGGACUAAUCUCCCGCGGGAGUUUAUAUGGGUACCUCGAUAGGCAGCAUCCCUCCCAGUUGAGAUUUUUUCUAUUCCUAAGGCUCGAACCCGAGACCUUGAUUAAGGAGCAAGAGGCCUUUAACCACUCAUGCCAACCUCAAUUGGUAUGUAUCCUUGCCAAGUUAUAUCUGCAAAAUGCCAUUUUGUAAAGAAAAACAUAAUUUUCAAUGUCCUUUGGAUCAUUUGUAGUAAUAAAUGUUUGGUAUUAUAGUGCUUAGAUGGUAUUACUAAUAUUAGACUCAUUAAAUUUUACUCAAGUUUAAUUUUACUUUCUAUUGUAGGUACGAGUGAUUUUAAUAUUUUAUGUGAUUAUUUAAAACUUGUGAAAAAGUUUGAUAAUGUCAACUUUUUUUCCAAUCCACAUUCACACUAUUUUUUACACUAUGUGAACCUUUUUUUUUUAUUUGGAAUAUUCCUUUACCGGAUCAAAUACUACAGAGUAAUAGAAUAUGGAGUCGAGUAAACCAAUUCCGUAUCACGAGUAGUAACUAGUAACGUUCAUCAAACAAGUCGAAUAAACCAAUUCCAACAAUUCAAUUAUCAAACAAAGUCUUUAUAUAUAAAAUAAAAAUAAAAAUAAAAAUAAAAAUAAAAAGGUUGUAAAAACGUCAGAUAAAUUUGAAAGGUAGAAAAGAGAAGUUUGAAUAGAUUUUGUCUUACACAUUGUCGAGCACUAGAUUUAUUAGCCCUGAUAGCAGGGGGAGAGUGGUACAAAACCCAAGGUCGGUUUUGCCUAUUUCUUACAAACAUUUGCACAUUUUACAACACCAAAAAAAACACAAGAAGAAGAAGAAGAAGAAAUAAAAUGAGCAAUUGGUUAGGAUUCUCUCUCAUUCCACACCCUCAACUCCAUCACAUAACUGAUGAUGUUCAUAACUCACAACAACUAGAAGAAGUGAAUUCUACACCGUCGUCGUCGCCGCCGCGUCACAAUAACGCCACCUCCUUCAUACCGCUCCGUUCCGAUGAUGGUUCCUUCUUUACUACCGCCCUCUCUAACGGCUUUCACAAUCUUCCUUUUUCUGCUCCCAACCCUCAACUUGAAGAGUGGAAGUAUGGGAAUGAAGAGCAGCACCCAAAGCUGGAAGAUUUUAUGGGUUGUUGUUACUCAACGUCUCAAGACCAAGAAAACAAGAUGGUUAUCAACGUCAAUGCACUUCCCCAAGACCAAUUCUCCUCAAACCAACUCCAAAUCCAAACGUGCCCUUAUCAAGACGGCGGCGGCGGGGGUGAAAAUGGAGGUGUUAUUCUCAACGGCGGUUGCUCACAAUCGCUUCAAUGCCAUCAAUACUCAUCAUCCCCCUUCGACGGGGCCGCCAUUUCCCAGUUCAAAUCCUGGCUUAGACAAACUCCGCCGAAUAUGGGUGGCAGUGAUGGUGGUGGUCAACUCCAAUCACUCUCCCUCGCCGUGAAUCCAGUGGCCGAUAGCAAGAAAAGAGGGCACUCUAAGUCGCUCAAUGGCGGUGGAGAACUCGUCCCUAGAAAAUCUCUUGAUACAUUCGGUCACAGAACAUCUCAAUAUCGCGGGGUUACCAAGCAUAGGUGGACAGGAAGAUAUGAAGCCCAUUUAUGGGAUAAUAGCUGUAGGAAAGAGGGACAAACGAGAAAAGGAAGGCAAGUGUACCUCGGUGGUUAUGACAAAGAAGAAAAGGCAGCCAGAGCUUAUGAUCUAGCAGCACUGAAAUACUGGGGCCCAACUACUCAUAUAAAUUUUCCUAUAACUGAUUAUGAGAAAGAACUUGAAGAUAUGAAGAACAUGAAUAGACAAGAAUUUGUUGCCCAUCUAAGGAGACAAAGUAGUGGAUUUUCAAGAGGAGCAUCAAUGUACCGAGGUGUAACAAGGCAUCAUCAACAUGGAAGGUGGCAGGCUCGAAUCGGACGGGUAGCAGGCAACAAGGACUUGUACCUUGGCACUUUUAGCACACAAGAGGAAGCAGCAGAGGCGUAUGACAUAGCAGCCAUAAAAUUCAGAGGCACGAGUGCUGUAACCAAUUUCGAUAUGAGCAGGUAUGAUGUCAAGAGAAUAGGGUCGAGCUCAACUCUCAUCGGUGGUGAUUUAGCAAAGCGGCCAUCACCAAAUAAGGAACUAACUCCACCACCACCACCACCACCACCACCUCCACCACCACCGCCUGCCCUAGAAGACCACAAUGCUUGCUCUGAACCACAACCACUUGCUAUCAUAAAUGGCAGCGACAAUGCCUCGAAUAACUUGCCUAGUAUUAUGUGGAACAAUCAAGGAAAUGAUCAAAGUGAAGCUCAAGACAACACAAUGUCUUUGGUUUUACCUUCGAGAAACAUUGAUGGGAGCAACUCGUACUUACCAUUACAUGGUCAGAAAUAUGAAGAAUGCACGAUUAGUAAUGAUGGUGAUCGCCUAAGUAAACAUAAUCUAGGUAUUGUCCCUCAGCAGGUUCCAAUGUUCGCGCUUUGGAAUGAAUGAAUUUGGUUGCAUUUUGCUAGAGGAUUAUAUAUUAACAUAGGAAGCUAAGCUAAACUAUUAUUAGUUUUUGAGGAAAGUUAGCUACAGAAGUUGUUAAUUUUGUGUAGGAAAUUGAUAUGGUGCUGGGGGUUAUGUUAUGGUCGUAUAAAUCGGUUAAAUGGUUAGAUUUUGUGCACUGUUAUAACAAUUGGUAAUGUUGACAUUGAAUUACAUGGAUGAAUGAGUUGGAUGGUCGUAGUA